CGGGAAGGAGCCUGCAGCUGACCACGGAGCAACGUGAGCCACGCACACCAGAUUUACAACUAAUCAGAAGAGACGGAAAUGGUUGUGGCGGAGGCCGGCGACGAGAUGAGCCUGUCGAACAUGGUGCUGGGGUUCUACGAGGAGGCCGAGCGGGAGCGGUGGCCCGAGGACGAAGCCACCGUCGGCGACGGCGACUGCAGCGACGACGAGAGGGCCAGCGGUGGCGCCGCCACCGAGAGCAGCGCGUUCUGGGCGGAGCAGCUCUCGCAUUUGCAUGAGGUGCUGGGCAAGACGAGCGCGGCGGAGAGCCGGAUCCGGGCGGACACGGAGGAGGCCCUCGGGCAGGCGCGCUCCGCCGCCACCGCGGCAGCCGGCGUCUGCUCCUCCUGCGCGACCCGCGCGACGGCCGGCGGCGGGUGCCGGGGCUGCACGCUCCGGUCCGUCGCGGGGCGGCUGCGCGACGCCGGGUACGACAGCGCCGUGUGCCGGUCCAGGUGGGCGCGAUCGGCGGAGUUCCCCGCGGGGGAGCACAGCUACGUGGACGUGGUGGUGCCGACGAGGAGCGGCAGGGCGGUGCGGGUGGUGGUGGAGCCCAGCUUCCGGGCCGAGUUCGCCAUGGCGCGCGGCGGCGCCGGGUACGGCGCGCUGGUGGCCGCGCUCCCGGAGGCGUUCGUGGGCAGGGCGGAGAAGCUGCGGGCCGUGGUCGGGGCCAUGUGCGCCGCCGCGAAGCGGUGCGCGCGGGAGAGCAGCCUGCACAUGGCGCCCUGGAGGAAGCGCCGGUACAUGGAGGCCAAGUGGCUCGGCACGCCAGACCGCCUCUUGGCAACCACCGGCGCCGGCGCGGGUGCCCCCGUGGCGGCCGGGUCCCCGGAGAGCGAGAAGCAGCGCAGGUUCAGGGCCUCCAUGCUGACGCUCGACUUCGGCGGCCGGACCGCCGUGGAGGUCGCGUGAGCGAUCGAUCACACUCACACCUGGAGAUGGCUGCAACCUGUGAACUGCCGGCCGACGAAAUUACUUACCACGGUCCACAAAUACAAACAUAUAUACCUAUGAAUUGAAUUCUCAGUAUUUGGCUCCAAGCGCGUACGUCAUGAGCUGCCCCGGCAGCGACAUCGAUCGAUUAGAUUAGCUGGUAAGCAAAUCACUAGGAGGCUAGGAGCCUUUGCUUGCUCCCUCGGUGAUCAAAACCGCCAAGGAUGCAGGUGCUGCUUCAUUUACCGAGCGCUUCGGGUAGGGGCGUUGGCCUCGAUGAUCUUUGCUCCGGUGAACGAACCCACCCAGCUGCGUCCUUGGCAGUCUCUUACGCAGCGAUCGACCACGGCCGAGGUGAUCAAUCGAUGAUAAAUGGCUCACGUGUGGCACCAACACAUGGCAAAGCUGAAUGGCUUUUAUGAUAAAUUUAAUGGUGCGAGGAUGUUUGGUUGUCAA